AUGCACUCUCCCAAGAAAAAAAAAAACCUCUCUAGCAAUACACACCAAACUGAGCAUGUGCAGUGUCUCCACACGAUAUGUCUUAUCAGGAGAUAAGAGGAAGACACUGGAAAAAUUGGAGGAUCAGAGAAGUCAGGAUCAAACAGCCUUUUUACACAAUGCAAAGGAUUAACCCCUUAGGUUCCACAGUGAGUAUAACAAGCAUGCUUUACUUCCAGGGGCGGACUGACCAUUCGAGCACUCGGGCA